UUCUUCCUUUUUUCACUCCUUUUUCUGAUCUACGUAAAACUUGUAAUAAUUACGUAUGUCAUGGAGCCUUUGAAGAUAAACUUACCGUUCCACGAGCAUCCAUUAACGCCUGUGAAAAUAGAGUCGAAGUGUGAUUGGUGCGGACUCAAAUUCAAAGGUGUAACUGAUGGCUACAAGUGCGACUCAUGUGUUUUUGGUUUAUUCCACAAGACAUGCGCCAACAAUGAGAAUAUCCCCCACCCUUCUCAAACGUGUGGCAACAUUCUAUAUCAUACUUUCAAUUUCUAUAGCGGCGAGAGGAGAUGUGCAGGAUGUAGAGAGAAGAUCUACGAUAGCUAUAUUUUUAUAUGUAACGAUUGUGUUUUGGUACCUACAAGAAAAGGAAGAUUUGGCUCUUCAUAUUUCCAUUUCAACUGUGCUAAGUAUCCACCGUCGGAGGUCAUUGAUGUUCCUCAGCACCAUGACCAUAAACUCAAGCUAGAGACGGUGAGAAGCUGCUUCACUUGUGCAGCUUGUGGAAAAGAUUGUGAUGGAUAUUCCUACAAAUGUCACGAAUGCAAUUUGAAGUUUCAUGUAAAUUGCGAAAAGUAUCCAGCAGAGGUAACCCAUUUUUCCCACUCCUUACACCCUCUAAAACUCUUCAAGGAUGAACCACCUGCUUAUACUGAUGGAAAAUGUCGUUUGUGUGGAGAAAAACUUGCUAAUUCCGAAGUCUUUUAUCAUUGUUCCACUUGUAACUUUAGCUUAGAUCUCCAAUGUGUUUUUCAUCCACCAAAAAAAAAUCCUCACGACCUAAACAUCCAUGACCAUCAACUCACCCUUAUGCCAAAAUCCAUCUCUUUUACUUGUACCACUUGCGGGCUAAAUGGAGAUCGGAGCCCAUACGUAUGUCUUCCAUGCGAUUUCACUAUCCACAAUGAUUGCUCUAGAUUUCCAUGGGUUAUAAACAUCAACCGCCACUAUCAUCGGGUUUCACGCACUUCUCUUAUUGGUGUGGUGAAUUCGGUAUGUGGAAUUUGUCGCAAGAAAAUGGAUUAAUGGAGUUGUGGGGGUUAUUCUUGUAAGAGGUGUCCAAGCUAUGUUUUUCAUACAAAAUGCGCAACUAGAGAAGAUGUAUGGGACGGCAAAGAAAUGAAAAACGAACCUGAAGAAGAGGAAGAUAUUCAACCAUUCACAGUAAUCGAUGAAAACACAAUACAUCAUGUUAGCCAUAAAGAGCAUAACCUAAGACUUGAUAAGUCUGGUAUCUUUAUCAAGGAUAGGAUUUGUGAGGCAUGCGUUUAUCCUAUCUAUCACCAUUCUUUCUACAGCUGCAUGAGUUGUAGUUUCAUUCUUCAUGAGAGUUGCGCUAAUCUACCUUUAUGGAAACGGCAUGUGGUAAGCAAUGAACGGUAUAGAUAUAAAUACUGGGAUUAUUUCUUUAGAUGUAUGGCUUGUGGAUUACUUUCCAAUGGUUUUAAAUACGAUGCUACAAGAAGCAUAUUGGAUGUGCGCUGUGCUUCAGUUACUGAGCCAUUUGUCCAUAAAAGUCAUCCUCAUCCCUUAUUUUACACAUCACCACGAGGAGUUUGCAGUGUUUGCAAAAAAGAAGCACAUCAUGUGCUCAGAUGCGUUGAAGAUGAUUGUGGAUAUGUCAUGGACUACAAAUGUGCUCUAUUACCAUAUGAGGUAAAACAUAGUGUCGACCAUCACUUUCUCUCUUUAUGCUAUGGUGAAGAAAAUGCAAGUGGUAAAUAUUGGUGUGAUAUUUGUGAGAAAGAAACAGAUCCAAAAACAUGGUUUUACACCUCUAAAGAUUGUGAGCUUACUUUGCAUACGGAUUGUGUGCUCGGUGAUUUCCGAGGUCUCAAGCCUGGAAUCGCUGAAGAUGAGUACGUCCACCACGUCCCAAGAGAUUUUAAGGUGGUUCGCAACAACAGUAUGUCUCGACCACUCUGCAAACAGUGCAAGUCUCGUUGCAUAUUCCCGUUCUUCUUGGAAACAUGGAAUAAAAAUUCCAUCCAUAAUGGAUAUUAUUGCUCUGAAUCUUGUUUCUAUUCCUAAUAUUGUUAUGUAGAUUAUAU